UUUGCACAACAUUUUUCGAUAAAUUUCAUUAAUUAUUUACGCUUUUCACGGACAAACUUCUGCCAAAACUACCGUGGGAGUGUCUUGCGUACGCCAGACGAGCAAAAAUUCGCCAUAAUUUGCCAGAAAUUUCCAUCGAUGCGUCAAUUUUGAAAAGACAAAAUGGCAUUAACAUCAACCACUUCGGACUCAAAUUUGUUCGACGACGACUUGGAUGACGCGGAUUUAGACCAAAUUUUCAAUAUCACAGACACAAGUAGACCAAAUUUGGAGCAAAAUGACGCCAAUGACGACGAAAAGAUGGAUUCCUUGUCCGAAAGUGAUAACGAUACGGUCUACAUUGAAAUGGGAAAUGACGAAGAAGACGAAGAAGCGUCGCAGGGAAGUCAAAUUUUGGUUAAACCAGCAGCGGAAGAGGAUCGCGCCUCGAACGGAAGUGGGCAUGAACACGAUUACAGUCGACGAACGACGCCAGAAAAUGAAUUUCGCAACGAUGAGCUUGAAUAUUCGAGUUUCGAUGAGGCAGAAGAUGAUAUCGCGAUGAAUAUGAGUCAAGAAAUUGUCGCAACGCAAUGUCCGGAAUUAGAAACGGAAGUUAUUGAGACGUCAGAGGUGCAAGAUGUCGAAAAUUAUGGAGAUCCGGAACUGCAAGUGAACGUUUUAGAGGAAAAAAUCCCCGAUUCGGUUAAAGUUCCUAAGAAAUUGGAAGCUGUUGACUCACAAGCUAGCGACACUUCGUACAAUGGCGUUCCAAAUAUUUUCAAUUCGACGAUUUCGACGGAGAUGGACUUUGAAACGGCACCGGAGGAUGACACGGAUUCACAAAAAACGAUCAUUUUGAGUGAUAGUUUGAUUCAAAAUGAGAAUGAAAAGUCGAAAGCUCCUGUUGAAAUUGCGUCAGAGAGUUUGGAGACACAAAUUGAAGUACCGAACAUCGAGGAAGUUGCGAAAAAUGAAGACUUUACUACAGUUGAAGCCCCAAAAGAGACAGAAAAUGCAGAAAAAAGUGUUUCUGCUUUCAUUUCUGAAGAAACUUUCGCUCCCGAACAAGAAAACUCCGUUUCUGAGUUCAUUUCUGAAGAAACUUUUGCUCCUCUCAAGACCACAGAGACCCCAGAAACAUCUAAAUCACCCGAAAAACCGAAAAGUAUUACAGAUCCCGUUCCGUCAACCAGCAAAGAGCACAUUGAUGACCAACUGAACAACAUCCUUUUGCCCGCUGAGCUCACGGAAACGCGUCAAAUCAGCCAAGAUCACGAUUAUUUGGCGAAAAAGCUUCCGAUGAACUUCAAUCUCGUCGUUGAAGACACGGACAAGCUCGUAAAUACCACAAUCGAUCACAUAAUUCAACUUGCGACAUCCCUAAAAACCUCAGACAAGGAAAAUUUCAGCAAAAAUAUCUACAACAUCUUGAACCACAUCAGUCUCGUACAGGAUAUCACGCAAAUUGACAACGAAGAAUCCUUGCAAAUGCCGGAAAAAUCCAUCCCGGAACCAAUGUCGCUUGAAAUCAAGGAAGAAAUCAUCGCACAAAACGAAAAUCUCGAAGAUCUCGUCAUUGAGAACUUAAAAAAGGAGAUUUCCAGUGAGUCGUUGGUCGUGGAUGGCUCCGAGAUGGGCAUGGAAGUUGAUGUCGUUGAAGAAUCCGUGCAAAGUGAGGUUCCGCAAGACACGCAAGAGGACUCGAUGAUCAUUGAUCCGGUGCGUUUGCAUAUCGAAAGCUUGGAAAAGUUCUCAAAAUCCGUCAAUGAGACGGCGACUGAGUGGUGCAUCACCAAAGAAACGAAUUUGACAAAAAUUCGGGAAGUUUUGAAGGAAAGUGAUAAGAAAUGGCGACAAUUGAUGAUGAAAUUCGAGUGCCCGAGAGAUGUAACUGAUGUUGGAACGGAAGUUGAUCCGAAAAUGUUCGCUAAACAAAAUCGCCAAGCAAAGAAAGAUAUUUUGGGGUACAUGACUGAGAGUGAAAGUGAAGCUGAAGACUACGAUAAUGAACUAAGUUCUGACAACGAAAUCCGUCAAAAUAUCAUUGACAUGGUAGAAGCUUCGUAUUCCGAUGCCCUCGACAGCGAAAUCGAAGAAGAAUGCGGCAAAAAACGUCUUUUACCGAAAAGUCCCGGAAAACAGUUACCAGAAAUCGCUCCCACAAAGAAAGAUUCUGACGACGAAGACAAUUCCGAAAGCGAUUCCGACGCUUCGAUCGAUCGUUUGUGCAAUUUGAGCAAUCUUGCGCGUCGCAACAAAGACAACGACCGCAAAAACGAUCGUCCUGCGCCAUUUUUGAAGAAACAAGCGCCCAAAAAGGCUUUGAACGUCGCCGAACUCGUAAACGGAGCUGCUGACGUUCACGGCGAAGACAGCGAGGAAGAAACCUUAUUGCCCAUGACAAAAGCUCCCGCCACCGAAGCCGAAUACCUGAAAAAAAUCAACGAAGAAAUUAAACGUCAAUUACUCGAAAGCUCCGAUUCCGACCUGGAUGACGACGAAAGUGCAAUCAGCGUAAAUUCCGAAGCGCAUGACUCGGAAUCCUCCGACGACUCAGAUUCGAGCAUCAUCAUGGACCGUUUCUUGUCGUCGUUGGACCAAAAUCAACGAAAUUCGAACAAAGACAAGUUACCGAGUAUCGAUUCGGGUUUGGAAGAAAAAUCGCCGCCGCCUAAAAAGUCAAAUAACCGAAGACGUAGCUCCGUGAUCGAUCGAGAGCCACUCAAUACGCCCGAUGGCAGCAAAGAUGACGACGACGACGCCCUGGAUUUGUCCAUGUUCAAAGUUGCCACGGAAAAAGUGAAGGAAAGUGAGGCCCUUGCCGAGCUAGAUGCCGAUUUGGAGCCCGAUACAACGACAAAAGUCCCAAAUGUGGAGGAUUACAUCUCGUUAAGCAGCGAAUCGGACAACGAAUCAACGAACGAAGCUCCCGUUCGGUCCCGCAACACCCGAAAAAUCAUGUCGGAAGCAGAUUUGGCGAGCGAAACGAAGGCAGCACAAGAAGCGGAAGUCAAACGAGCCAAAAGAUUGGAGAAAAUGAGUCAAAGUAUGACACAAUUACUGUCGCAACGCCCCGAUUUGGAAGAGGAAUUCGUCCUGGACUACGAUAAGAAGAAUGACGAACCGAUAACCGUUCAUCCUGACAUCGUGCGAAAGUUGAAGCCACAUCAAAAGGAUGGCGUUCGUUUCAUGUACAACAAUUGCUAUGGUCCCAUCGACGAUAUCGAGAAAUAUCCCGGUUCUGGAUGCAUUUUGGCUCAUUGCAUGGGUCUCGGGAAGACUUUACAGCUGAUCGCGCUGCUUCACACGAUUAUCCGUUACCCGCGUCUCAAAACGAACAAAAUUCUGGUACUCUGCCCAAAAAGUACCAUCAUGAAUUGGUUCGAGGAGUUCGAACGAUGGAUCGCCAGCAUCAAAAAAACGCGCAAAAUGAAGGUAUUCUGCUACGAAGAGAACAUGACGAUCAAAGAAAAGACAAAAAUCCUCUCGGAAUGGUAUUCUUGUGGCAUUGUAAAGAAAGACACGCCGUCGCAGCAAGACACGUGGCUCGGAAAAACGAACGCCGGACAAGCAGGAUGUCUUUUACUUGGUUACGAGACAUUCCGAUCUCUCGUAAAUUACAAUCCACGUCGCAAAAACGCGCGCCAAAUGGACGAUCGUGAAGCCAAAUACAUCGAAAGCACCAUCGAAAAGUGUCUCAUCGAACCGGGAGCUGAUCUCGUGGUUUGCGACGAAGGGCACGUCAUCAAAAACAGCAAAAGUGGCAUCAGCAAAGCCGUGAGUCAAAUAACAACCAAACGACGAAUCAUCUUGACCGGUACUCCCAUCCAAAAUAACUUGAACGAAUAUUAUUGCAUGGUGAACUGGAUCAAACCCUCGUUUUUGGGCACGGAAAAGGAAUUCAACAAUCGUUACGCGAAUCCGAUCAAACAGGGACAACACAAGGACUCGACAUCGUCGGAAAUUCGUCAAAUGAAGAGACGCUCCUUCGUUUUGCAUCGCAAAUUGCAGCCGUUUGUCGAACGCAAGGAAUUCACGAUACUGAAAGAUGAGCUGCCAACAAAGCACGAAUAUGUGAUUUAUGUGCCGUUGACAGAAGUGCAGAAGAAACUCUAUAAAAUGUACUUGGACAAGCUCAAAAGUGACUUGGGCGAGUCAGAUAAGAUCAAGGGAAAUCAUUUGUUGCCGGAUUACACGUAUUUGAGGAAAAUUUGGACGCAUCCGAGAGUUUUGGAGUCUGCUUUCGAGUCAAGUCGCAAGAAUCAAACUAAAAAGACGACAAAAAUGUUUGAGAAAAAUUUGGAUAAGUUGCUGGAGCGGUGUGAUGAGGAAGAUUUACCUGAUGACGUAUUCGAUAUUGGAGGAAGCAAAAGCGGCAUUCCCGACAAAUGGUGGGAAAGGUUCGUGACGCCUAACGACUUGGAAACGCUAAUUUCGAGCUACAAACUCCAAAUAAUGGUCGAAAUCCUGCGACAAUGCGAAGAAUUGGGCGACAAAUGUUUGAUAUUUUCGAAUUUCGUAGCAGUCCUCACUGUCGUCGAGCAUUUCCUGAAGACCCAAAUGGGAUAUCAGCCGGGCACUCAUUAUUACCGCUUGGAUGGUCAAACGCCAAAGCAAAAGCGCCACACAAUGAUCACGCGAUUCAAUCGUGCCGACAACAUGGAUGUCAAAUGUUUCUUGAUUAGCGCUCGUGCCGGCGGACAAGGCAUCAAUUUGAUCGGGGCAAAUCGUGUCAUAAUUCUCGACACAUCCUGGAAUCCAGCUGCCGACUUGCAGAGCAUUUUCCGGGUCUAUCGAUUGGGACAGAAGAAAACGUGUUACGUUUAUCGUUUAUUGGCAAUGGGGACAAUGGAGGAAAAAGUUUACUCGCGCUCCGUGACGAAGCAAGCGAUGAGUAAUCGAGUCGUGGAUGAGAUGACGGUCGAUCGACACUUUAGUUAUGGCGAGUUGGCAGAGUUGUAUACACUCACGGAAUACGAUGCGGAAUCGCGUCCUGUACCCGGAAUUCCCGUCGACUCGAUCCUCAUUACGAUGUUGCGACUCUUCCCUCAUCUCAUCUACAAAUUCCACGAACACGACUCCUUGCUGGCUUCCAAUGACGACGAAGAGCUGUCCGAGUUGGAAAAAGCCGAAGCAUGGAAGGCGCUCGAGGACGAGGAAAAAGCGCAAAAUAAUCCGAAUCGAUACAAUUUGAAUGCGAUGCAAGGUAUGCCAAUGUCCCCCUACGCCAAUAACUACUUGGGCCAGUAUUACGGUAAUUUGCCCAAUAUGCCCAAUAUGAACAGCAUGAUCUCUCAACUUAUGUACAAUAUGUCGUCAGACCCCUAUUACGGAUUACAUUUUCCAGGAAUGCCCCCGCGCGAUAUGCCUUCGACGAGUACAAAUCCGUACAGUGACUUGACAAGUCCGCUUUUGGCCAUGCGAUCGCUUGCUGAUCCGAUGAGUAAUCUCUCGGGAGGAGGAAUUUCGAGUGCAGGAGGAAGUAGUUUAUUUGAAAGUCUUUACAGAUCACCAUCAUCUACAACGGGUCCCUCUUCGAUGUUCAACCCAGCUCCAGAUAGUCCUUCAACAUCCGAUCUCAUCGCUGGAAUGCGUCAACGGAACUCAAACAACUUUGGAGGCGUCAAUACCGCUCGAAGUCAUCCCAUGAAUGGCGUCGCUCGCACUUCUCUGUUGAAAAAUCCGACGCCGCCAAGUGAUCCUGUUCCAAUUCGUCUCACACCAACUGCUGAAUUGCUCCGUAAGUCCCACAGUUUACCAAAACCAUCUUCUCCAACAUCAUCCGGUAGUGUGACAAAACGAUCGACGCCGCAACCCCAAGCAGCCCGACCCAAAUCUGUGACAACCAAACAUGCAUUUGAGGAACAGUACAAGAAACAUUUUGAAAACAAAAAUUUACCGCCCGUUUCUUCAUCAGCACAAGCUGCGACGAUGAAACGCAAGGAAAUUCCCUCGACUUCGAAUGUCAUCGAGAUCGACGAUGACGAAGUCACGGUCACUUCUUCGCGAAUUCCCGCGCCAAAACCUGCCACAAAACCGAGAAGUACGAAUAUGGGAAUUUCUUAUGCGGAAAAGCAACCAAAGGGAACGCCAGUUUACUUGCCUGACUUGCCCGAAGGAACGUCAAUUAAUAAAAUUCCGAAGAAACCGGCGGAAGAACCGAAAGUUGUGUCGUCACAAGCGCCGAAACCAGCGACAAUCACAAAUGUGGCGAGAAAACCGGUCGUUUAUCGACUGCCAAAGGGAGAUACGAGUGUUGUGCGGUCCCCGACAAGCGUUGUAGCUCCUCCAAAGCCUCCACAGACAACAUCAACGUCACAAAUCACCCAACGUCCUUCCAUUUCAACGGGUUCCGUUCGUGCUGUCACAUCUACGCAACCGACUAAACCACCAAAUAUCAUAAAAACCGCAACAAAAUUGUCGGCACGAGGCAUAGAAGUUCUAAAAGCCGCCAUGAAACCGUCACAAGGUGUUCAAAAUAUCGGAAAUGUCACGAUAAUUCCCGCUUCUAGAGCUUCUAAGUCUCAAACUGCCGUUCCUUCUGCUGCUGCUGCGACAACGGCAAAACCCCUUCGACCUGUUCAAUCUCAACCCCCACCUCGAAUUGUUUCUGUCUCAUCUUUAGGUCAAGCAGCAGCGGCAGCAUCUUCAUCGUCUGUGGCACCAUCUUCGAUCGUCGUCAAGAAGGCAGUUCAGCAAAUCACCAAAAACUCGCAUGGCAAUACGAGUAUCACGCCAAUUGUGGCACGUCAAGCAUCUGCUAUUCCGACAGUGCAAGUCCAAGGCUGGAAACGAAAAGAUCCUCCGAUUAACGCGUCGACGUCGCAGCCACCCGCGAAAAUGAUUCGAAUUAAUCCGAGUCAGAUAGUUACGAAGAAAUGAAUUACUUAGUUGAAUUUAGAUUAAGAGAAGCUCGAUUUUGAUAGAAAUCUUCUGAAGAAAAGUUAAUUAACUUUUGAUUUUGUUAGAUUUAAAUUUAAUAAUAAUGAUACAACUGAAAUCAAUAAAUGUCAUACCUACAUAU